UAGAUGAUCUGCUGUGGAAUUCCUUGUCUAUGUAGCAUGUUUCGAAUUCGAAUUCCAUACGUUUUUUCAAUACAAGAUGUGCUUGCUAGCUAAAUGAAUUAUAGUAUUCGGCCAGUCGGGGUUCAUCUUCAACGCAACACCUUGAAACCAGUGGAUCGCUCCGCGCUUCGCGCGUUAGCAGGCGACUGGACAGGUUUUGAUGACCGAUUGCGAAAAGCAAAGAGGUUUGGAGUGGAUUCUGGAUGGAAGGAGGCGAGGGAAUGAGUUUAUUCCGUGGACGGUGUGUCUUCCUAAACGUCUUCUAUUGAUAACAGGCAUAGGACAUCUGAACAGACUCAUCAUCAAGGGAAUUGUGACUCGCAGUGAGUGAUUGAAGAUUGUCACCUCCCUGUCUGAGAGCUGCGUAGCUGUUGAGAAGGGCUCCAUGGAACAGGGUACAGGGAAAGGAACCACGUGGUGCAUCAUGAUGGAGUGCUGAAAACCAGAGUAUUCCCCAACCCGGUCCUCCACACCACCCCCAGAACGAGAGAAAGGGUUGAAACCAUAGCAACAGUCGUGUCCUACCUUGCCAUGAAUGAGGAGACUUGUGACUGACCGAGGAAGCUGACAACAACAUAAUCUCAGACGAAAGAACAAUGAUGCAUAUCCAGGGUCGGACUGACUGGUAGACUGGUGACUAUUGCCAUGGAGUUUUGCAACGGCAGCCUGCUGGCUAGGUGUGCCCCCCUGAUGGAGCCAGAUGAGGAGGAAGGGGUGGUGAUUUCACCACCACCGUCGCCGCCAGGGGUUGGGGCUACUAGUCCCUUCAUGCCUGUCACCCUGCGUGUGACGCUGGCCGCCAUCAUGAUCUUCAUGAUCACCAUUGGUUUCCUGGGAAACGCUAUCGUUUGUCUGAUCGUCUACCAGAAGCCCGCCAUGCGUUCCGCCAUCAACCUGCUCCUCGCCACACUGGCGUUCUCUGACAUCAUGCUCUCGCUGCUCUGCAUGCCCUUCACUGCCGUUACCAUGGUUACGGCCGACUGGCACUUCGGGGGAGGGUUCUGCCGUGCUUCCGUUAUGCUCUACUGGCUCUUCGUCCUGGAAGGCGUGUACAUCCUCCUCAUCAUCAGUGUAGACCGCUUCCUAAUCAUCGUUCAGAGGCAGGAUAAGCUGACACCGCACCGCGCCAAGCUGCUCAUUGUCGCUUCCUGGGCGCUGUCCCUCUGCGUGGCGCUACCGUCUGUGAUCGGCUGGCGGGCGGGCACGGCGGGUGUGACAGGCAUUGGGGAGGCCUGGGCGCCACAGUGCGUGCUGGGCUACAGUGAGUCGCUGUCCGACCGCAGCUACACGGUGCUGCUGGUGGUGGCUGUGUUCUUUGUGCCGUUCGGCAUCAUGCUCUACUCCUACCUGUGCAUCCUCAACACGGUGCGCCGCAAUGCCCUGCGCAUCCACAACCACACCUACGACCAGGCCAGCCUUCCGGCCCUCAACCAGGUCAGCAAGCUGGGUCUUACCGGCCUGCAACGGCCCCCCCAGGUCAAUGUGGACAUGAGCUUCAAGACCCGUGCCUUCACCACCAUCCUCAUCCUCUAUAUCGGCUUCUCUGUGUGCUGGCUACCCCACACCGUUGUCAGUCUGCUGGCCGUGUUCAGCCAAAGGUUCUACUUCAGCCCGGCUUUUUACCCUGUCAGUGUGGGGGCACUUUGGCUCAGCUACCUGAAGACGGUGUUUAACCCCGUCAUCUACUGCUGGAGGAUCAGGAAGUUCCGGGAGGCUUGUCUGGAAUUUAUGCCCAAGAGCUGCAGGCUGUGUCCCAGGUUGCCGGGCCGGAGCCGCAGGAGGGUGAGGCCCAGUAACAUCUACGUGUGCAGCGAGAUCCAGUCAGCUGUGUGAGGAAUUAACGCUCCCUCUGAGAACACUUUCUGGUAGCAGUGUAAAGCAGUGUUCACCAACCCUGGUCUUGAAGAGCAAAAGGGUGCUCCACUGGUGUGAAGGACCUACUAUACCUGCUCUAUGAUUUGUUAAGACAUCAACAUGUCAGCAGCAUUGACAGUUUGCUGCUGAAACAUUCAUGUCUUCUGAUUUUUUGGGGGCGUCUGAGUAAGAGCAAUCAGCAGAGUACAUUCUUGUGUUUUGUCUAAAGUGCUGUGGACACUGGACAGCCGUGAACAGAAGAACCCAGAAGACAUGAAGAGAGUACAAAUGACGCACAACCAGGAACAGAGUUUUCUAUUGAACCAUUUCCCAGGUUUUUAAUUGGCUGAGUACUGUUGGUGAUCGUUUACCCAGAGGGCUCUUUUAUAUGUCUGAUACUGAAAGUAAAUGAAAAGGUUGCAUAAAACUUGCAAUGAAAUGUUGAUCAAUAUAAAAAUGGUUGUUUCAGUGAAUUAAUAAUUGAUUUAAUGAGUUAACUAACAAACCAAUUAACACGUGUGUUGACAUCAACGAU